UCGCUCACAGAGAUACAAUAACACAGAACAUCUACAGAGAGUAACCAUUUGUUGAGACCAUCAGAGGAUACGGUUACACCCCUACAAAUAACACAGGCAGUUCAAAAUUAGUACAAAGUCAAACGUUUAAAAACUGUCUUCGGAUUAUUCCGCCCGUUAUCCGCCGAGUCGGGCGCGUCCACGAUGUGUGCAAAGGAUAAAGAAGUAACGUUACGCUAGUUUCUGUGGCAGAACUGGACCCUUAACUGGACUAGACUAUAGUCCCUCAAUCGGACUGUUAGACACUCUGUUGGACUAUCAGACCUUUACAGGAACAGCAGUUCACAUUGGAGAUCUGGAGCAGAUCGGCUACAAUAUGCGGUACUGUACAACCUUGGGCACCUCCGUGGCUGCUUACUGUAAAUACAUUCAUAUGAACUGAAUCAGCCACAGCUUGGUCCAGAAAUGGUCGUUAACUGGAUCACUGUCAGAACCAUUCGAAUUUUCACAGGUGAGCUGGACUGGGCCGGGUUGUUUCGGUACAUUAAUAUGCAAGCAUGCGGUGCAACACGUCUUUUUGUAUGAAUGCUGUGCAAGCGUAAGUGAUCUGGGGAUAAGCAAGGGAAAUUCCCCAGUUAUAGACUUCUGAAAUAAUGACCGGACCGAACACCGCAACCAGCGGCUCCACGGCCAAGGUCAGCAGACACGGUCGGUCCAAAAGCACCAGUACCUACUGUCACAGUACCGGUCCGUCUGCCGAAUCCUCCCAGUCCAAUGGCGCAAACAACACCGGCAGGUCGUCCGGUGAGGAAGACGAGAAGGACGGAGGGGUUCCGUUUUAUGUAAACAGGACGGGAUUUCCUAUAGACAGUGUCACCUGGGACAGAAUGUGGUCUCAUGUAGCCAAAGUUCACCCUGAUGGACAAGACAUGGUUGAGAGAAUAAGGAAUGCAACACACCUCCCUAAACACCCCGUGCCAUCGGUUCCAAACUUUAAGCCAUCCAUGUCAGUGCCUGAUUGGCUGCACGCCGUCCAGAACUACAUGAGAAACCUACAAUACAACCAUACUGGAACUCAGUUCUUUGAGAUAAAGAAAACGAGACCUCUGAGCGGGUUGAUGGAGACCGCCAGAGAGAUGAUACGAGAAUCACUUCCCAUUAAAUGCCUUGAAGCAGUUAUCCUUGGAAUCUACCUAACCAAUGGUCUGACCUCGGUUGAACGUUUCCCCAUCAGCUUUAAGACCCAGUUCUCCGGUCACCACUUUCAUCACGUGGUGUUGGGCGUUUACUGUAACGGCCGCUACGGCACCCUGGGUAUGAGUCGUCGUGCUGACCUCAUGGACCGAUCCCUGACCUUCCGUACGCUCAGCGAGUUGGUGUUCGACUUCGAGGACUCGUACCGCCGUUAUCAGCACACCAUGAAGAAGGUGAAGAUCGGCCUGUAUGUGCCCCACAAUCCACAUGUUUUUCAACCAAUCGAAUGGAACUACCUGGUGAUCAACGCUGGUAAGCAGGUUCGGGAAGAUAUGCGCAAAGAGCUGGAGAAGCACGGCCGGGACAUGAGGAUGAAGAUCCUCAAGUCAUCCAGCGCUCAGUCUCCAAUUAAAGAAAGAACCCGAGGCAAAUCUUUAUCACCGCACCGUCGGCCAGGCACCAGUCCCCAAAGACGGCAGCACAUCCACAGAAGAGACAAAUCGCCAGCAGCUCUGGACAGAAAGCCAGCGGAGCUCAGCACCCUAAGUGAUGGAUAUCAGAUCCGAAUCUGAGUCACCAGCCUCAUCUCCAUCACCUUUUCCAAACUCGGUUUAAUGCACAUUGUGAACUGUAUUUUAAACAUCAGCUUUUUAAAACAAGGUUUUAAAUCAAAGCAUGCAAUAUAUUUCUUAGUAAUUUUAGAAAGUGAAGUAGUAGUAAGCCAAAACGACAUUUCACAGCAACUUCGAUUGAUAUAAAAUACAAAACAUUUAUACCUAAAUCAUUUUUAACAUUUUAUAAGAGACAACACACAGUAAACGAAAUACAGUAUAUAAGCAAAUAUAGAAAAGGAGUAAAACUUGCAUUGUGCUUGGCAGAGAUAUAAAUCUUGGUCGUGUGAUGGUAGAUGAUUUAUAGGCUGGCUGGCUCUUUUGGAGAAAACCCGAAGUUUUUUGCCAGAGGUGUGAGGACAUAAUGGAUCAAAUUAUUUGCCUGUACCUGCAUUAUUACGUGUUUUUAUCUGUACACAAUCACGACACUCCUGUCAAAAGAAUGCAACAUGGUUUAUUGACAAAUCAAACGUACAAUGAAAGGCCUUUUUUUUAAACAUCACAGUUACAGUUUCACAAAAGAGUACAAAACUUUACAUUAAGUAUUUUUUAAUUUGUAAGAUUUUGUCUUUGUUUUUAACUGGUUUUUAGCAAGUGCAGUGUGUUAUGAUUUUCUUUAUAUUUUUUAUUAAUUCAUUACAUGGUCAGAAGAUAAGUUACAAAAGCUGUCAUUAGGACAGUACUUCUUAAAGGGCCCUAAUGGCGCUUUUCCAUUGCAUGGUACCCCACGGUUUGGGUCAGCUUACUUUUGUGAGCUUUUCCACUGUGUUCAGUACGUAGUACCCAAUCCUUUUUUAAGUACCACCUCGAUCGGGGUUCCAAGCGACCCGAGCUGAUACCAAAACGUGAAAACACUGUAGAUCACUGAUUGGUCUGAGAGAAUCGUCACUACCAGCGUCAUCGCUAUAAUGUAAAAAAAUGUCUCGAACAAACAUGUUGUCAUCUGUGCUCUGCUAUGUAAGUUCCCAAACUCCCUUUUAGUGAUGAAAAACAUCCACAGGUUGCGAAUCAGGAACACUAUAACGAUUUUUUCCAGACUUGCAGUUUGUGGCGUCACAUUCGCGACACGAACGUUCGCAUAUAUGAAUAAAUGCAAUUAAAUGAGGCUCAGCGGAGCGGGUCAACUGACGCCACGGGUGUUCGUACAGAAACUGUCAUGUGAGACAGAGGUAGUGAUAAACGCAAUGUGCAAACAUCUAUUUGUGGUGGCCAAUUUACGCUCUCACUUGUAUGAUGUCACAGUAGUAGGCAGCGCAAUUAUAACGACACGCCUAUAAUCCCUCCCACUCCGAAGUGUUAUUAAACUCGAUGGAAAAGCUAACCAAGCCAAAGUGAGGGUGAGCUGACCUGACCUAAACCGUGGGGUACUAUGCGAUGGAAAGCGCCAUUAGGUACAGCAAUGAGGUACCAAUAUGCACCCUUUAAUGGGUACCGUCCCAGCGACAGCUUUUGUACCUUUAUUCUGACAUCGUAAGAGGUGUGGUUGUUUUUCUGUUGGAUGACAUCAUGUCAGUAUACGCUACACUAUUAUGUAAUUUGCCGUUUACCUUUACAUUAAUAUAAAACAUCUGUUUUCUAUUGUCACAUGUAACAAUCAAUGCUGUAUGAAGAAUAUGGUCGAAAGACUUGAGACAUCAAUUGUCAUGAUUUAUUGUGCCACUUUUUUAUUUUAAAAGUAUACAUCUCAUAUCUCUUGAUCAACAGCAUAUCACUUAAUAGUUAAAACAUCCCGCCUUGUUUAGUUUAGAUGUAUGAGAAUAAGCUAUGCACAUGGAGCAGGUCUAUGGAUCUGUUCACCUUGACAGUACACCUGUCUUUAAAAUUGUAGCAUUUACAUUGAUAUCAAUUCUUUGUAGGUGUUUGAAUGAUUCCUCUCUGAACGUUACGAAAUGGGUGCUGUUGACAGAUUGAACUACUACAUUAUAUCUUAUUCUGCCUUGUUAUUGGUACCAGCUUUCUAUCAGAAGCUAUUGAACCACACAAGUGCCAGACCGUUAAAGUUGACCUGUAAGACUGAAGGUUUGAUAUAAUGAUUAAAGUAAUUAUUGAAUUGGUUUUAUACCACAAUAAAGUAUUUAGACACUUCAUGGAAAAGAAGUGUUCGCUUACUUGGCCCUGAAGAACAUCACAUUCUUACAAAUUUGACCAUUUAUAACUUGCUGUUUGGUAUCUAAUCAAAUGUAUGUGAAGUUGUGAAUGCAGACGUUUAAAAAUUGAAAGGAAAAUGCAAUGAUCUCUCCUUAAAGGUGCUAUGGUAAGACAUUUAGUCUGUUUUUAAAGAGUUCAAUAACAAUUUUAGCUUUGGUUAUUUUGAUAUCGAAAGAGCACAUUAAACUGAUCAAAUGUAGCACAUAGGUGACCUUCAUUCAAGACGAUGUACACGUUUUGUUUUAAGCAUUACUGCGUAGGUGAAGUUAAUAUUAAUACAGAUGCUUUUGUGAAAUUGUAUGCUCUAAUGCAAGCUUGACCUGUCUGAAAACACAAUCAAUGUUGAUGAAUUGUACAAAUAAUUAAUGUAAAUAUAUUUUUAAAAGGAGGUGUUUCUUAUGAAUGUUAAUCCUCUGAUCAAACUAAGCCUCAGUUUUGUGUUCAGACUGUUUGUAUUACAAAUGUACCGUUUUAAUGACUUGGAGUAAUGAAUUAGAGUGACCCUCAAUUGUUCUUUCCUAAACCCACAGCUUGUACAUAAGUCCUCAUUUCUGUAAUAAAUUUGUUUUUGGGUUACCUGCAUUCCCCAACAAUCAAAUACAUCUGUAAUCCAUUUAUUUUGUUCUGUAGCCUGUUUUAAUAAAAGUCUGUUUUGUAUAAA